GGAGGUGUGGUUAGGAUGAUCAGUGACAUGACAGAACGUCCGUUUGUUAAAGGGAUACACUGCUCAGCACACAGGUUUGAAUUGGCAUACAAAGAUGGUACCAAAGAUAUUCCAAUACAUAAGAAGUGUGAACUACUUCUUCUAAACUUAUAUCUAUUCUACAAAUAUAGUUCACUGAAUAGAGCAAACCUUAAAAUAGCAUUUGAUUCUAUUGGGAAAAAAAUGUUGGUCCCAACCCGUGUAGGUGGAACAAGGUGGUUACCCCAUACUGAGAGGGCUUUGAAGCAUGUGAUCACUGGAUAUGAUGGCAUUGUGCUUCACCUCGAACAGAUGCAACAGAAUCCAUCCAAGGAAUCCAGUGCCAAAGCACGAAACUUCUUGAAACUUCUGAAGGAUAAAAGUGUCAUUUUAUGGCUACACUUUAUGAUGGAUGUGGUCAAAAGUCUCGGUGCCGUCUCUAUGAAGAUUCAGGAUCAACAGAGUACCAUUGCCGAUAUCUACAGUGAAUUAGACAGCGCAAAAGCAAUUUUGAACAAGUUCAAGAGAAGUGCUUGUAACAGUAAUUUAUUUACUUGA